UUCUUCAAGUCCAAAACAUUGUAGUAAGUCCUGAACACCACAGUCAACUUUAGCUAGAUAUUUAUAACUUUAGCGCUCUGUUUAAAAAGUCCUUGUUGUACGACUCUCACUGUCCAGACCAUGGGGGAAUCAGCGGGGAUUUAUGUCAGUGACGGAAAAUGGACUGACCAUGACACAGAACAGCUGAUAAAGUGGCGCAUGGGACAUCACUUUCUGUUCUCUGGGAAGAAAUCAUCAGCCAGAAAUGGUUGGGAGAGAUUUAUACGAGAAACACUAUCAACAUUGGAUGGAGACUGGACUGCUGCCAAAGCUAAAAAGAAGUGGUCUAAUUUAAAAAGAAAAUAUCAGGAGAUCAGAUCGCUGGGAACAGAAGUAGAAACAGUGAACCCAAACGCCUGGCGAUGGUUUCAUUUGAUGGAGAAGGCUGUGGAGCGGGAGUCCACGGCGAGUGAGGCUGUCCCUUUGAUGUCAUCAGUGAGCGACGGUGACGACGUGUGCACACCACAGCCCUGCAAGAGGGUGUGUCAGGUGCAGGUGGGAGGAGACAUUUUAGAGCUCCUGACGACUUCAGUGAUGGAGGUCAAAGGGGGAAGUGAGCCUGUAUUGGGAGAUGAAAGAGUUACAGCAGAAACAUCAGCGCAGAACAGACAAGCAGACACAAAGGACCCAGAAACUGACCACUCCUCAGUUGACCUGGACGCUGAAAAGGCCACCCUGAGGAGAGAAAGACGGCUGAUUGAAAAGGAGCACGCAGAGGUGGACAGAGAGAGAGUGAUCCUGGAGAAAGAGCGGGAUUUGGCAGAGAGGGAAAACGUAGCUCUCCAGAGAGAACGAGUGCGGUUAGAGAAAGACAGAGCCGCGUUAGACCGGGACAGAGCUGCGCUGGAACAAGAGCGAGCAAGGAUUGAAAAAGACAGAGCAGUGCUGGAGCGGGACAGAGCUGCACUGCAAAGAGAGAAAGACAGAUUCACAGCUAUGGUGCUUGGCAGAAAUGACACUGGACACAUCGACAUGGACACUGGACUCAUGGAGGAUAGAAAGAGAUUAAUAUUUUUAUUUGAAAGGCUGAUUGAGAGGUUUUGAAUCAGCUUUGGUACAACUACUAAUUGAAUAUUAUUUUGUGUAGUUUUCAAAAACUGUGCAAGUGAAGACGUCAUUUAGACAUUUACAUUCUAAUUGUUAUGUAUCUGUACAUUUGUAUUGUUAUAAUAAUAGCUGUAUUUACAGUGGGGUCCAAAAAUCUGAGACCACAUUGAAAAUCUGGGUUUUUUGUCGGUAAACUUGGAAACAAACGACAGAAAAGAAAAGUAAAAAAGGUAUGACUAGAAUAAUGAGAAAAAUAUUUAAGAUUCUGCACUAUUUCUAGAUCAUUAUUCAAAUUUCAGCAAAUUUGGACAUUGAUGUUAAGACCUUUGUAGAAAAAGGUUAGAUUUUUUUUUCAUCCCUUCCAUUGAAGCACAAGUUCAGAUGAUUCUCAGGUGGAUUAGAUCUUCUCGUCAGAGGCUUUUGCAUAAACUUGUGAAGUCCCCAACAACAGACCAUAUACAAAAAAAAUUCUGAAAUGAAUAUUCAAAUUUUCAAGAUUCUACAGUCAAAUUGUUAUAAUGAUAAUGUAAUUUGUAAUGUAGAACUUUGUUAUAUAUUACAAAGGAUGCAAAAAGAAUCAUUUUCAGAAGUGGUUUCAGACUUCUGGACCCCACUGUUGGUAGGUAGGCAGUCCUGUGUAACACAUUCUCUUUAGAUAACAGUAUGUUAAAUAUGGCAGUUUUCUGCAAAUUUAAGUGCACAUUUUCUAUUUAUUUGCUGAGUUCAACAUAUUGGGGAAAAACACACCUUAUAAGUCUUACGAAAUGUGUCACAACUUUUGUUCAUGCCACAUUAAAUAUUUAACGUUUUAUUUUUUUCCCCAGUUUAUAUUAAAAUUCACCAAAUAAACAGUAGAUGUGCAUUUUCACAACAGAAACAUGUAAGUUGACCAGGGCUGCCCAAACUUUUGUAUUUGCCUUUAUAUACAGUACUGUGCAAAAGCCCUAGGGGUCUGUGGAAAUGAUAUUUAUUAAGCUAUUUAUCUGGGCGGUAAGCACUUAUUUGUUCAAAAAACAUCAACUUAAGCAUAAAUACAGAUAAAUAAACAAUACAUUG